GAGCUCUUUUCGCGCGACUUCCCCUUUCCUUCUCCUCCUCGCCCUUCUUCGUUUCGUCGUCGUCGCCCCGCCGCCGUCGGUCGCGCGCCACAACUGCGCGGCUCCUUUUUCGCAAUUCGCGGUCGCGCAACGCAACUAUAUACCUCACUACUACUCUGGCAGAGUUAGUUAAUUCAGUUUGCCGUUGAGUGCGUGUGUGUUUACAUUAUUAUAGAAAUAAAUAUACAGUAACCCUACGAAUACGGAUACAUAUAUCAAUAAACGACCCUACGACGACGGCGAGUCGGUGAGUACAGGAGUAAGUUAGCCGUGCAGCCCUGCUUCGCUACGCGAAGUAGCGGAAAAGCUGCACACACGAGUGAGCAGCGUGUGUCAUCAUCAUCAUCAUCAUCAUCAUCAUCGCUCGUCGUCGUCGUCGUCGUCGUCGUCGUCGUCAUCAUCAUCGUUUAAACGGGAAAACGGAGGCAAGCAUCAGACUGAUGUAUAGAGAAAGAGUUUAGCGCUCUCUCUCGUUCUCUUGAUAUUCUUGGUUGUUCGAACACUACCAAAGUAUACCGAACCGCUUGCUUUAUUUCCGUCUCUUUCCACGUCUUUUCCUCCUGUGCUCCUCCUCCUCCUUCAUAGUGCAUACACCAUGCGUGCCGUAUCCAAGUGAUUGUGUGCGAGUGUGUACGCGCGCGGGGAGAGCAUCGUCCAGGACUGUUGCUGCAGCUUGUAUAGCCUGCGUCUAUUGACCUCGUGUGCAGUAGAAGAGGCUAAUUUAAGAUGGCAUUAAGAGAUUUAGUGGAAGGUGACUGUGGGGGACCCAGUUCCCUAAUGCGACUCACUUCCCACUUUGUCAAGGAUCACGGCCUGAAAGAUGAGGGUGUCAGAGAUAUAUUUGGCUCUGCAAGUCCCUUUGAAACUGGAAAUUCAGACCAGCUUGUCAAACAGUUUCUUGAGGAACAGUCUUCUGUCCAUCCGCAAACUUUUAAGAUGGAAAGUCUGCUUCACGAGAUACGAGACAUAGAUCAGAGUCUAUACCCACCAGUUACUGCCACUGGUAUUGGUGAAGAUUUGACAAACCAAGACACGUCUUGGGCCAACCAGUAUCUACAAUCUGGUGGACACUUUCAAGAAAAUCACAGAGAUGAUAUUUGGAAUGCCCAUCCAGCAGUUUUGAAUACCACAGUUGCCUUCCCAGGAGAGACCCGCGAGCUGGGCCUCAACCCUAAAUGGGCUGAAGAAUAUUUAGAACAGAGCAUCGAUCACCCCGACGUUAAUACGGACAGUUCAGACUAUGCCUCUUCGAAAUUCAUGAAAUUCAUGAGAAUAGAGGAUAACGUGACCCAUCCCAACCAGUCGAAAACAGAAAAUGUAGAUAACAAAUGGGCUUCGGAAUUCGUGGAAACCCAAAAUACAAAGCCAGUCGAGGCGUCUGCUCAAGAAACUGCCCCAGCGGAACCUGAUGGCGUUUUGAAUGCCAUCGACGAAAUGAAUACCGUUGCCGGCACUUGGGUCGACGAGUUCUCGCAAGACGGUCGUUCUCAAGAUUUCAAAAAAUACGAAGACGAGUUUUGGAAUCAACUUCAGGGCGAAUGGGAGAAAAUAUCCAAAACUGAGAACUUAUCAUCCAACCACCCAUGGAUAUCCGAGUACGAGAAUUUCUACGACCCCUUCAAGGAGUACUCGUUCACCGAAGAGAAUCCUAUGACGCGUUUGACCGAUCCAUUGUCGGAGGGCAAAAAUAGACUAGAGUUAGGCGACCUGCCUGGAGCAGUGCUGUGCUUCGAAGCGGCCGCUAAGCAAGACGACAAAAAUGCCGAAGCUUGGCUCCUUCUUGGUAAAACACAGGCUGAAAAUGAGCAGGAUCCGUUGGCCAUAUCAGCACUCAAACAUUGUCUCACACUCGACCCAGCGAAUCUUACGGCACUCAUGGCACUUGCCGUUUCGUACACAAACGAGUCUUAUCAAAGUCAGGCUUGCCUUACGCUCAAAGACUGGCUGCUCAAAAAUGACAAAUACAAGCACCUGACGUCCAGAAAACCGGCCAGCAAGCCGCCCUCGCAGAUAGGCGUCUCCACAAUUCUGUUUCACGAUGUUCACGAAGAAGUUAAAGAUUUAUUUAUACAAGCCGCUCGAAUGCAGCCGCACGGCACAAUUGACGCUGACGUCCAAUGUGGGCUAGGCGUUUUAUUAAAUCUGUCAAGCGAAUAUGAUAAAGCGGCAGAUUGUUUCAAAGCUGCGAUUCAAGCUAGGCCUAAGGAUCCAAUGCUAUGGAACAGAUUAGGAGCUAUUUUGGCAAACAGUCAACGAUCGGAAGAAGCAAUAGAAGCUUACCAUCAAGCACUCGAGCUCUCCCCCGGUUUUAUUCGCGCUAGAUAUAACCUUGGCAUUUCGUGCAUCAAUUUAAAUGCCUACAAGGAAGCUGGAGAGCAUUUAUUGACUGCGUUGAAUCAACAAGCUGCGGGUAGAGAUGCGUUUGGGGAACAAGCUCCAAUGAGAGUAAUGUCAGACACAAUUUGGUCAACCCUGAGACUGGUUGUAUCGCUAAUGCACAUGUACCAUUUAAACGAUGCUAUAGACAAUAGGGAUCUCGCCAGGUUGAAUAAGGAGUUUGAAAUAGAGUAAGGGAAGAAGCAAUAAAAAAUCAUUAAGAAAAAAAAAAAAA